ACAAAUUAUUUGUGAUUGAAAUUUACCUCGCACUUUCUCAAUUACUGUCCUAAAAUCCAAUUUAGAUUAUUCGUUUUCUGGAUUAAUUAGUUAAACCUGAAUAUUAUGACAGUUUUCCUACGAGAUUUCAUGUCAAGAUUUCUAUUGUUGUCUCAAAAAAUAGACGGUUGAUGAAAGAACUGAUGUCGUUAAUGAAAGAACCUCCACCGGGUGUUACUGUGGACGGAGAUCAAGCCAGCCAAAAUCUGACACUGUGGACAGUACAUAUGGAAGGCGUACCCGGCACGCUGUACGAGGGUGAAAAAUUCGUAUUGCAAUUUAAAUUCACAAAUAAAUAUCCCUUCGAUUCUCCAGAGGUCACGUUCAUAGGUAAUAACAUCCCAGUACACCCUCACGUUUAUUCUAACGGACACAUCUGCCUCUCCAUACUGACGGACGACUGGUCGCCCGCACUCUCCGUGCAGUCGGUGUGCCUCUCCAUAGUCUCUAUGCUUAGUAGCUGUAAAGAGAAGAAACGGCCGCCGGAUAAUUCAUUUUAUGUAAAAACGUGCAACAAAAAUCCUAAGAAAACAAAAUGGUGGUAUCACGAUGACUCCGUUUAACAAAUCGCGACUAUAUCGACAAUGGACGAUAAAUCUAAUUUGUGAUAAGUGUUAUAUCGAUAUAGAUACAGUAUGUUAACAUGUAUAUACGAGUUGCGAGUGUGUGGGACCGCGGCGUUGGUGCGAAAUUGUGUUGAACUAGUGAUGUGCUAGUGGCCUAGUGCUGCCCUCUGUUGCGUUCAUUAAUCUGUAUUUACAACGUAUUAUUUAUAGUCUGUGUCACUGGCUUCUCGAAACUCUUAUUUGUGUAAUCUGUGGACAUUUGGUGCGGACUUUCAAGGGCAUGUGCACUUAUUUUUUUUUUCUAAUUUUCUAACUUAUCUCAUAAUUUAAACAAUAUUUUCAUGAGUUUUUAGGUUAAAUUAUGUUUUUUUAAUUAAAAAAACAAACAACUAAUUAAAAAGAGGUACUCCUUAUGAAAUUGUGUUUUAAAUAAUUUUUUAGCUAUUUGAAAAUAACUGACAAAUCCUUAUGUUAAUUAACAAAAAGAUUGUUUACAUUAUAAGACCGAUGAGAAAAGAAAACUUUACAGUAAAGGUAAGACCGCACUACGCAAUUAAAACUUGCGGAUUUAUUAAGGUUUCGAACUUGGUUUAAGGUUUGCCUAGUCUACUUGUUUGUGAUAAUGGUGAUGAAUUGAUUUAAAAAAAAAACUUUAAACAGCUUUUUUGACAGUUUUUUUUUUGUUUUGUAUAUGAAGUGUUUUUACUUCGUGCACAAACACAUUAUGCACCAUUAUAAUUUCUAAGAACCUAUGUUGUAAAUGAACUACAAGUUUGAUUAGGGGAUUAUGAAGUUGAUAAUGUGAUUUUUCUUAAUAAAGUCUUACCUAAUAACUUAUGUAUUGUGUUAAAUUUAAAACAAAUAACUCUAUAUUAUAACCAAGAAUUUAUGAGGAAACCUUUAUUAAAAGCUUAAGUUUCUUUACUUAUAAAGAAAAUUCGUAGUCAUAAUAUGUGCAAUAUUAGAAAGGGACAACAGCCUACUAAAACUGCUCUCUCUCUCCCACAUUUCAUGUUGUACAAGCUCUUGAAAAGUCUUCUAUUUGUUUAUGGCAUUUGCUAUUAUCAAUUAGGGUGCUUACAGACCGGUGAUUUAAUCGCGCGGUGCAGCAAUAAUCUACAUUAAUAAGCCAUACAAAGCUAUAGUUAAAAAGUGAUCGCAGGCAAUAACGCUUUUAGAAUUAAAAAAAAAGAAAAGGGAGAAUUCGCGCGGGCGUACAACCCGUAAUUCUGUAAGCGCCCCGACAAUUAGAAAUUUAUUCGUGUACUUUAAAAAAGACCCUAGUAAAUUAUUUUUUUUUUAAGUUUACUGUAUUAUUUUGAUGCUAUGUAUUAAUAAAAAA